GUUCUGACCGGACGGAACUCGCCGCCGGACAGAUCCCGUUGACAUUGCUGGGACAGGUGUUACCAAACAAACCCGAAGCUCUCAGCCGCGGUGAAGACGCAGCCCGUCCCUGCUCUCCUCGGUCCUCACACCGGGACUUUGGAGCAGACAUGUACCGGUGGCCGCUGCAGGUCGCCGCCAGGAGCGUCGCGAGAGCGGCGGGAAGCAGGACUGCACGCGCCAAGGAUGCUCGCUGGCCGACACUCUGAACUCCUGGUUUCUGGUGACUCAGCUGCAUGUUUGGAUGUGUUUGGUCCGGAUGCGUCAGGAGGGCAGAGAGGGGAGGUUCUUGUGUCAUUACAUCGUUCACGCCAUGUGGGGGGACGUGGAGCAGAGGAGCAAAAUCAUGGGGAUCGAUGCCUUUCACAGAAAAGAAACCAUGAAAACCAUGACUGAGAACUUCUACGCAGCCAUGCUUGGAUACGAUGAGGGCAUCCUGUCUGAUGACCGUGUGUUGGCUGCAGCUCUGUGGAGAAACCUGUUCUGUUGUCAGUGUGAGGAGCCCCAGCAGCUGGAGCUCCUGGUGGAGUACGUACGCAAACAGAUGCAGUUCAUCGACUCUCUGAACGGGGAGGACCUGCUGCUGACAGGUGAGGUGCAGUGGCGCCCUCUGGUGGAGGAGAACGCUCAGAGCAUCCUGAAGGUGGUCCGGCCCACCUACAACGACGCUGGACUGUGAGAUGAAGGUCCAGACUCCUCCUCUUCCUCUGUCACCAUCAGACACUUCCUGCUCUUCAUCACUGGUAGAUUUCACACCUGAGACGUGUAGCUUCUCUCUCUGACCUUCUUCCUCCUCCUCACCUGAUGAAGCUUGGCUCAGGAGCUCAGGUCAUGAUCCGGACCUCCUUCAUCUUCAGCAUCAUCUUUGGUUUUGUUCCUUUUCCUGGUGAAUCCUGUAUAUUUCCUGUAUUUAUGAAAUAUCGUGUGUUUACGUUCUGCUCGCACACUGCGUUUAAAUAAAGUUUGCUUUGAAGUGACGGUGGUCCGGUCCCCCCCGCCAUGCUCUCAGACCUGAACAGGAAGUCAAACUCUGGGACUUUGUCAGUGUUUUUAAAGUCUAGAUUAAUAAAGUUUUCUGAUUAAAUGGAA